UGGAGUAAUAAUUAUUCUUUUUCAAUUGUUUUCCAAUUUCGAUAAAUUCUAUGUUCUAACUCCUUAUAUUCUUACUAUGGUCCAGAAACCCAAGACAACGUUUUGGAAAACAACGCGAGGACACUCGUCAACAUGGGAGAGGUUUCUCGCCUGCUCAGGCGAAACGGCAUGCGGGGCGGGCUGCCGCGGGGGCGGCGGUGCGAACUCAAAACGACACGUAAUAAGGCACGAAACGACGGUGUUUUUGGCAUGUCGGUGGUGGUGGUGACUUUGGUGAUUAUGAUAUUUUGGGGUCGUUUAUGUGCCAUUCUCUGCACUUCGGUGUGGCUCUACUGCGCUCCGCGCUGGGGGAAAAUCGGUGGCGUAAACGACGACGGAAACUCCAAAACGACGCCGUCCAACGAGGUUGAUCUCGAUUCGGAGGAGUACAAGAAGAAAGUGAUAAUGGAGGGUCUUCUUGGGAGAAAUCACAGAGCUGGGCUUUGAAGAAGAAGAAGAUUUUCGCAACGCUGUCGUUUGGAACUCUGUCGCCUUCAAUUUUCUCUAUCAUUAAUUAGUACCAAAAUGAAAAGAAAAAACACUUGUAAAUUCACGAAUUUCAUGUAAAAAGAUUUUCUUUUUAAAUUCAA